UGACGUCACGUAGUAGUGUGUUAAGGUGUUGUGUGCUGUUUAUCUUCUUUGCUAAAAUGCCAGAGUUAGCGGUGGAAAAUGUGGUUGUUCACCCACUUGUGCUGCUCAGUGUGGUGGACCAUUUUAACAGGAUAGGAAAAGUUGGAAAUCAGAAGCGUGUGGUUGGUGUCUUAUUGGGAUCAUGGCACAAAAAGGUUCUGGACGUCUCCAACAGUUUUGCAGUGCCAUUUGAUGAAGAUGACAGGGAUGACUCUGUGUGGUUCCUGGAUCACGACUACUUGGAAAACAUGUACGGCAUGUUCAAGAAAGUUAACGCCAGGGAAAGAAUAGUGGGUUGGUACCACACAGGACCCAAGCUACAUAAGAACGACAUAGCCAUCAAUGAACUCGUCAAGCGGUACUGUAACAACUCGGUGUUGGUGAUUAUAGAUGUGAAGCCUAAAGAUCUCGGUCUGCCCACUGAAGCCUACAUCUCUGUGGAAGAAAUACAUGACGAUGGCACUCCAACAUCUAAGACAUUUGAACACGUCACCAGUGAGAUCGGAGCUGAGGAAGCAGAAGAAGUGGGUGUGGAGCACCUGCUGAGAGACAUCAAGGAUACCACAGUGGGUACCUUGUCUCAGCGCAUCACAAACCAGGUUCAUGGUCUAAAGGGGCUCAACUCAAAGCUGCUGGACAUACGUUCCUAUCUGGAGAGAGUGGCUGCAGGGAAGCUUCCCAUCAACCACCAGAUCAUCUACCAGCUGCAGGAUGUCUUCAACCUGCUGCCAGACGUAAAUCUCCUGGAGUUUACUAAAGCCUUUUACCUGAAGACCAACGACCAGAUGUUGGUGGUCUACUUGGCCUCCCUGAUCCGCUCUGUGGUGGCUCUGCACAACUUGAUCAACAACAAGAUUUCCAACCGAGACGCAGAAAAGAAGGAAGGACAGGAAAAGGAGGAGGGGAAAAAGGAAAAGAAAGAUGACAAAGAGAAAAAAGAUGACAAGGACAAAGAUAAGGAGAAGGCGGAUGGUGCCAAAAAAGAUGAGAAGAAGAAAAAAUAAGUGUUCUUCCUCUAGGGUCUUCUCUCUCAUCACGCGUUCUUCACCUGGAUGGUGUUCCACUUUCUGCCCACCGCUUCUCUGUAUGUGGGUCUCAGACUAAAAGUAGGACUCUAUAUGAGGAAUUUUGUCAUUUGAGAUUUGACCUCAUGAUAAGUGACACUCAGAGACUUAUUAUAUAGAGAUGAUGACGACGUUUGCUCUCCGGUGUUCUGAACUGUGAGGACAUGUUUAUGCUGUUUUCAUAGUUGCCAUGCUCUUGGUGUUGCUUUUUUGUAAAAUGGAGCAAAAAUGUUAUUGUUUCUGUAUCACUCAAUAAAUCGGGAUCACAUUAAAAGUUUUUUUGAAAAUGUA